AGAGAGAGAGAGAGGAGUGUAAAACAGUGGUCAGACAGAGAGAGAUCUCCAGUCCAUCAUGAACGUUCAAACCGCAGCGCUGAUUCUCUCGGCCGUCCUGCACACAGUGUGUGGUCAGAGUCCCAUGGUGUCGGUCCGACCGCGAACGGCCGCGGUGAAACCCGGCGACACCGUGAGCUUCCAGUGCCGUGUGACGAGCGGAUCCCAGUCCGUCCAGCUGGAGUGGAAGAGGACCAACAACCAGCCGCUGGGAGAUAACGUGAAGCUUGGACCUGAUGGUGCUGUCCUGACCAUUGUGAACGCCGGUAUCCAUAACCAGGGCGGGUAUCGCUGCAUAGCCACCAACGCUCAGGGGAAAUCCACCAACACUGCCACCCUGAGCAUCAGACAGCCGCCGGAGGUGCGCGUGACGCCGUCCGGGCCGCUGACGGUUCGCGCGGGCCAAAGCGUGACCCUCGAGUGUAGCGUCUCGGGGAAGCCACGCCCCUCUGUCAGCUGGUUCAAACAGGAAGAAGGAAGUGAGACUGAGAUGGUUUCCAUGACAACAGACACCACUGCCUUACUACAGGUGACCGUGAUGGCAGCAGAGGAUGCUGGGAGAUUUGUGUGCCGCGCUCAGAGUGGGGAGGGGCAUGCUGAGGGGAGGGUGGAGCUAGAACUGGAGGGCGGAGCCUCAGCUCCUCAGGCCUCGGUUUCAAACACAGAUCUCACAGCCGUGGAGGGUCAGAGCGUCACCAUGCACUGCAACGCCACCGGUACACCGACUCCGGUCAUUUCCUGGUCGAAGCUGCGGGCGCCGUUGCCAUGGCAGCACAGCGUGAGCGGCAGCAGUCUGACCCUCAGUAACGUGGGACGGCAGGACUCAGGUCAGUACAUCUGUAACGCCACGAACGCGGCGGGCUUCAGCGAGGCCUACGUGCAGCUGGAGGUGGACUCGCCUCCGUAUGCCACCGUACUGACGGAUGAGAUCGUCGCCCGUCCCGGGGAUGCCUUGCGUCUGCAGUGUCUCGCUCAUGGCACUCAUCCAAUCCGCUUCCUCUGGACGCGUGUGGGCGGAGCCUCCAUGUCGCCGAGGGCGGAGUCAACCAAAGACGGUCUGCUGAAGAUCACUCGGCUCAAAGCAUCAGACAGCGGGACGUAUAAAUGUGUGGCGACCAAUCACGUGGGGUCCAGCGAAGCGCUGAGCAAAGUCACUGUGAGAGCUUAGUUAGAGACCGUCCUGAUGAUUGUUAAAAUCUGGCCAUUAAUAAUGAGGACAUUAGAGACUUCAGACCUACAAGACGAUGAAGCUCAGAGACAAAACAAACAUGUAACGUUUUGCUAUAGUGUUCAGUUAUGUCUGUAUGUAUUCUGCUAUGCUGCACGGUAAAAAAGAUACUUUAACUUCAGCUCUCAAGUCAAAUAAAUAAAUAAAUACAUAAUGAAGGUCACUAUCAGAGGACUGUGUUUACACUGUUUUUACUUUGUGAACAUGAACAUGUCUGCUAACUGAAGAAAUAAACAUCAUCUGGUAGAUUUCCA